UGAUCAGUAGAUGUGUGGUAUAUCUCUGCUCCGAAAACAACCUGGUGAAGUGGGCUUUAGUUCAGAGGUCAGCUUGCAAGUGAGUAGACAACAGCGUUAUAAAGGUGUGAAGAGAAUUUGAGGUCAUACAUCUGUGGUAGCAAUAAGUCUGAUUGAUAUGGAAGCAAGAAAGUAAGUCAAGCUCUUUAAACAUCACACUGUUUUCGCCUGAUUGUGAAUGGGUUGAAGCGUGAUCAUUCGGCGAGUCUUUUCGACAAAGCGAUCAGCAGCAAAGCGGGCGCCGGUAAGAGACACACACAGCCGACAGUCCAGAAAGUGACAGCUGGCGAAAGAGCGGUGUGACCACAACCCAGAAGCUGUGACCAGAGAGCUGGGUGUGACCAGAGUGUGACCAGAGAGCGAGUGGUGACUCCAUGGUGACCAUGACGCAGGUGGACAUCCUUACGCAGGACGUGCUAGUCGCCUGCAUCAUGGUGGGCCUGACUGCGGUUGUCGGCGUGCUGGGUAACGGGUUGAUGUUGCGUGCGCUGGUGCUGUACCCCAAUCUGCGCAUCGACCUCUUCAUCCUGCUGAGCAGCGUGGCUGUCAGUGACGUGCUGUGCCUGGUAGUGGCCGUGCCGCGUCACAUCAUCAACCUGACGGAAUCCGUGGAGCCCGUGACGGACUUGUGGUGCAAGGCCAGCAAAUACCUGGAGAUCGGCGCCGGAUUUGUCUCCGCCUACCACCUGGUGGUGCUGGCCGUGCUGCGCGCCAUCCUGCUGACCAGCCGCGGCCACAAUCCGCCUACCGUAUGCCAGACGCUGACAUGCGCCGUGGUUCUGUGGGUGGUGGCGCUGCUUGGCGCCGUGCCCUUCCUGCUGAAUGAGAUGGACGAGGAUGGCUUCUGCCAUUACACGCCGGGUGCCGACAUCACCAAAGACCUGUGGCUAUCCAGCUCCUUCUCUUGCUUUGUCCCUAUAGCCAUGAUCAUCAUUUACCUGCUGACCUAUCUCGUGGGCAAGCGCUACUUCGAGGACAGCUAUUCCUACCGCGAGAAGCGCAUCUCGCGCCUCGUCACUGUCAUCAUCGUGGUCUUCGCGCUCUGUCAGCUACCGUACCGCGCCGUCGACCUUCACCUUUCCUACCGCGAGCGGGAGGCCGAGCGGAGUGAGCAUCUGCCGGAAGCGGACACAUUCGAGUCGCUGUACAUCGCGCGCAACUACCUUCUGUGCCUCCUAAUGGCCGACAAGGCGGCGCGACCCGUCAUUUAUUCCAAACUGGCUCCAGACCUGGCGCAGGCCUUCGACGAGGUCAUCAACUGCACCUUGUGCAGCCGUUACUACACCAAGGGACGGCGACCUGUGGGCGCCAUUUCCCACACCACGCGUCUGCCCUCCACAGCCAGCGAGGCGCCACUAACCGGCAGCACCGACAACACCGACAACAAGAGAGACGAGGCCUCUGAGAUCAUCCAGCUUUGAGCGAAGAUGACAGCUUCUGAUGUCCUUUCGUCUUACACAGUCCAAUGGAGGCCUUUUUUCCUCGUCUCGACUGCCACAGUUCGUCUUCAUGAUCGUCAGCGAGACUAGACGUCCUGUCUUCAGCCAUGCUUCUGGCCACAGAAUCGUCAGUAUGUUCGUAUCGUCAUCCCUUUGGAAGGCAAGUAUCAGUGAUUAAAACAGCACGUCCCUGAAACAAACCCCUGGCAGACGGACACUGAAAUCUCCAGAUGACCCGAUAAUGCACUCCAUGCAUCACAAGUUGUGGGUACUGCAGCCAGCUACAGGUGCAGCGUGAAGGUGCAUCACAAACAAGGGGAACUGCAGACAGGAGUAGCAAGACGGGACCUCGUUCUCAAAGAGCCCGGCAAAGCUGGUCAUCGCAGAUCUCAAGCUGUUGUGAGAAUAAGCUGUGGUGUUUUUUAGCGAGUGAGAGCACACGAGAAAACAAUGAUCUGUCCUGCUAGCAGCAACAAGCCACUCCCAUGUGAUCUAGGUACCAUAAGUACUGUCUGACUGCAAAACACGUGACCACGAGAUACUGCACGAAAGGAACAGACACCGUGAUGGGAGCCUUCCUCCUUUACUCAAGCUGUAAUAUUCUCAGUCAUGAUCUUAGUUUCACUAUAGCUUGUUCCUCCCCCCCCCCUUUUUUUUUUUUUUUUUUUUUUUUUUUGUCCUAAGAAAGUUUUGAAUUGCGUUACUGUCUUUCGUAAACGUUUGUGUCACACGUGGGGCAGACGUACUGCAGAGUCAAACCAAAAUUAUGAGCCAACUAUCCGAGCUUUCUGGAGAAGAGAGAACACUGUUGUUUAUUGUCAGCAGCAGUAUUCGGAUGUUUUCAUUUCAGGCUCUGACGUUCACAGUGAGAGAAACGCACUAGAAUGUGUGUGUGUGCCGUGCGGGUAUGUAUGAGUGUGUGUGUUAGCUGUGCUCCAGUCCCCUGUUUAUUUACUAGACGUUAUCCACAUGCUGAAGGACAGAUGAGAGGUCGCAGUGUAGACGUGAGUGCGACAUAGUGUAUCCUCCAUAUUGUUUCAAUGUUGACAACAUCGCCAACUGACGCGCCAUGUGUUUCGGGGUUUACAACAUUACAACUCUGCCAAGAGAAUCCCGGGAAAUAGAGGUAAAUAAGAUUCUUAUAAAUUAAGCGAGUUGAGAAAUCUGGGAAUGUUAGUUUGUAAGUUGGUGAAGUUCGUUCCAUGUGUUGUGAUAAGGGAACUUGCAAUGUAGAGCUAGCAUGUCCACCACCCAUACCCCCUGAGAAAGAGCGUGCUUCGGUGUACUGAUUGCAGACCAUGAGUAUACAGCCACUCGCAGAUUCGUAUACUUUUCGAGCCCACUUGCCGAUUCCAGAGAGUUUGAAAGGUGACUACAGCCCUUUGGCACGGUCAUGAGCACCAAAAACCACAUAUUGGCUCUUCUCACUCCACGCCUUGCCACGUGACCAUGUUUAGUCUCCGCCAGAGACGCCAGGAGUAAGCAGCUCUGCCUGUUUUCACGCUCUUUGGAUGCCGGAGACGGAAAGAGGUCGGAGAGAACAAGAUGAUGUUUGAUCGUCUGUUACUACAUGGCGCCUGCUGUCUGGCAGGUCUGGCUGUGCUUCUCACAUCCCCAUGCAGGCAAAGCGAAGGAUAAAACUUGACAAGCGAUUGUGGGCUUUUCACAUUCGAGUAGUAGUGUUCUGGUCAAGAAUGCUAUGGCAAGGGGAGGAUAGUACCUUUAUAUGGGGAAGACUCCGUGUCUUUGGCUCAGGCUGCACGUGUUUAGGUUUUUACAGCGAACUGUUAUUAUUGUUUGGGUUCACCAUUUUGGUUGUCGCUUCAAGCUGUAAUCUGUUGACAUUCUGUUAACAUGUCGCCGCUUACAAACUGUGCUGUGAGUUUGUAUUUAGCAUUUCAUUGACAUAUUGCUGUUCACAAAGUGCUCUGUGAGUUUGUGUUCAACAUCUGUUAACGUGUUCACAAAUGAGCUUUGAAUCUGGGCUGAACACUCGGUCAACAUGUUACUGUUCACGACUUACGAUGGUGGCUCGUGUUCAUUUAUUACCCUGAUCCCAUUUACAAACCACUUGAACAGCAUCCGAUCCAGUUUGUUCGAGAGCAGCAUGCACAGCAACACACGUGAAUGGCAGAUGACAUUAUUCUGCAAAACACAUAGAAUGUGAAUGGCUUAUGGUGUUAUUCUGCGGAGAAGAAAGCAUUUAAAGGCCAUUCUUACAUAUAAUGGCGGCACGGUGCAUGCAAUGCAUUGUGAUCGGAGAUUGCUUGUGUCGUCACUAGACACCCCUGUUUGACCUGAGUCUGAGCCGGAUUGUAGUUCACAGUAUACCCUUCUAGCGGUCAUUCUCUUGACUGUUUGGACACCAGUUUGAUCCGACCUCUUCUAGUUUGCAGGCUUGUCCUGGGUUUCCAUAUCUUUCACAUCUCUUGAACAGUUUACAUUCAAACACUAUACCACAACUAUCUGCUUUAUAUCUGGUCAGAGUCCUGAUCGCAAUCAGUACUGCUGACAUUCCUCAUUACUGGACUAUCUCGGUCACCUUAGUGCCUUUGAUAUGGACUACCGGACUGAUACCGGGUCACGAUGUUGGUGGUGGUGGGGGCAUUUAGGUUGUACCUGAUGGCGCUGACUCGUGCACUGGGGGUACAUAUACACAGCUACGUGUGUUUUCACAUCCACUGGACAUGAGCUGUACAUGGUAACACAUGCACACAACAUACACAUGUUAUCACGUGCAGUGGACAUUAGAUGUACACGGUGACAAGUUCCGACCGUAGAUGUGCGUGGUAAGGUGUACCGGCAUGAGCGGUUAUAUCAUUCAUCGAUUGACAAAAAAGACAUGGAGUGUCAUCACACGCACAGUUUAAUGACGGCUGCGCCAUCAAACAGCAGGCAGGCCUCUCGUCAAGACCCACAAAGUUGUCUUCGUGCUGCAUUCCUUCCUCAUCUGUUGCCUACCCCUUUCCUUGCGACAAAUACCGGCUUUUACUCUGUUGUGAAACUUCUUGCUACCUUUUGCAGCAAACAUCUGCACAUCACUCGGACUUCACAUCACUUACUCCCACUUUUUUCUGAAUCCUGGCUCACACUUUUGUGUGCAUUAAAUUCUUCCUUACGUCUUAAAAAGUGAACAACUAUUUUGUUGAUUUCCCAUUACAUGUUUUCAUUGCUGUCAUGAAAGUGCUCGUGUGUGUGUGUGUGGGUGGGGUGGAUAAUCAAACUCUUCAGGCUGUCAUUUUAUUGCAUGCUCUGUCAGCUGCUUAUGUCUUCUGUCAUAGGAAGAACAAGUCUGCUAGGCCGUCAUGUACCACUUUGUGUGGGUGUGGAUGCUAUUAAUUUCCGUAAAAAGAACUGAUGCUAGUUUCUUCAGAUUUUUAUCAUCUGUGUUACUACAAAAAGGCGUGUGCGUGCUGGUAUGUGCGCACAUUUGAGAGUGUGAUGAUGUGCCUUUUGGUGACUUCGUUUCCAUGUGUUGUAAAUACUUUAUUGCCAUGUGUCAUGAAUAGUUUAUGACCACUUGGUCAGAAGAGGUUUUUUGACAACUUAGGCUAGUGCUAGUCCUGUAAAGGAGAUACUUUACACAGUCAUUAAAAGAAAUCGCGAAAAGUCAGACCUCCAAAACUGUAAUGUGGACUGUUCCCGCUUUUGUCGUGAAUUGGUUUCACAUCGGUUUCAAAGACAGCUGCCAUAGUAUUUUCUGAACACCACUUUACAGUCCGUGCGUUUUUUUUCCUUUUGGCAGCUGUGACGAUCACCUUGUAUCUGGCAAAGACAACCUGACUGCCGGACAUGUCUGCUUUCAUCGUCAGAUGUAGCUUUUUCCUCAAUGCUUUGUACAAAGAAGCAGCAGAAGAGUUUAUCAAACCCUUAGGUUCAACUCAGUAAAUGAAAAUAUCUGCUGUGUCCAUUUACUCCUGACAGCACACUGUCACCUAAAGCCGUGGUGAUGGUGGUUGUGGUGGUACUCCACGCUCUUGCCUUCUUUUUAUUACUACGGCAGACCGUGCCUUGGAUGGAGGGGAGUAACUGUAAGUUGAGGCAGGCACUAGUGCCAUCUUGUAACCAUAUUUCUCUCCCGUGGAACAUGGCGCAACUGUCGAUUCCGUUCAAUGGAAGUGAGCGAGCUUGUGGAAUACUCAGGACGGGAAUGGGGGGGAUGUUGAGAGGGAUAUGAAGAGGCUGCUUGCUGCUUUGUGUGUGUGUUACUGUGCAUGAAGGAGAAGUCCAUAUGCAUUAGAAUUAAAUCAUUUCCUGAUUUACAUCUGUGAUUUUACUCUGUGAUGGGUUUGUUUGGUGAAGUAGCUCAUUAACUGGGGCUGAAUGUCUAACGAUGAGCGAUUAGCGCAGUCACAUAACUGUGUCAUGUUAGCAGUGUGAAUACUGUAUAAUUUCCAUGGUUUGAAAACUGUUUGCCGUCUACAGUAUGAAGACAGUGUAUACAGUUGACUUUGUGCCCUCUGCCAUUUUGAACGGUGUUCACUAACACCGAAUGUUUAUAAUGGGAACUGUGUGUAAUGUAUACAAGUCUUAGCAAAAGCUAAAAAGGGUGUACAGUUGAUUUGAAAAUGUAAGAUAUGGUUCUACGCAGCUGUCAAUCAUUGAAUGUACAUGUUGCACGUGCGUCUAUAUAUAUCUGUGUGUGUGUAUGUGCGCGCGCGAGAUGUAGUGCGCUUGCUGAAAGACCCGAACUUCCAUGCAAAGGUCUGUUGCAGGCAGCCAGGGCAGAGCCAGACCUAGCAAGUGCCUGACCUUACAAACAAUGUGCAGCGAGAUGAAAACAUUUAGUCCUUGAAUGUCACCUACAUCAUGGAUUAAAGGAGAUGGUGUGGUCGGUAUGGCGCAAUACUGAAUUUUUUUUUUUAAGGACAAAUAUCUUAGAGCACCUGGCCUCGACCUAGAGAGAACAGCAUUUGGGUGCAUGACAGGAGAAUGAGGAGGCCUACUUGGUGUGGUGCCAGCACCAGCAUGCCAUGUCUGAGGUUUUGUCUGCCGUUCAUCAGGUUGCCCAGCUGCACGUGGCAACUACCCGUUCUGCAGCACAUUGUGACCUCAGAAAGCGUUGCGGCGCAUUUGUUUCUAGAUGGGGUGGAUGAGAAUGUCUGCAUGAUGUCUGCGUCUUGACGAACGACAAAGUCGAUGAUAUCAGUACAAAAUGUCAUGUAAAGUUGUAUAUCUUAUGAUUAGUGAUUAACGCUGAUCAUUUCGUGUUCCAGCUAUGUUAACAUGUGUUGCUCUUAUUAUUAUUAUUGUUGAUGUAAAAGCAUUUUACCGAAGCUGUGUCAGAUGUGGGUGUCUGUUGAUUUCUUGCUGAGAUUGUCAGACCACGUGCAUGAUCUUAUUGACAUGUCAGUGACAUUUGUGUUAGGAGUGUGAAUGAUAUUAUUGACAUGUCCCUGACACUGUGUCAGGCUGUGUGACUGCGCGAGAAGUGAUCAGUCCACGAGUAGCCUGCUCCCGAACGUAUCCCUGACAUUGCGACACACUUGUAAAUAACUUUUUUUUUUGUGAACUGGAAGUUUUUGUGUUCACUUUAAUUACUAACUUGUUUGACCCCGUGCUGGGGGUCGGAAGUUUGUAACGAGAACGUAGGUGACUGGUAAGAGAACAUGUAGCAGUGUUAACUCGUAUGGUGCAGUUGUGAUUCGGAAAACAACCCGGGUCAGAAGGUCAGAAGGUCAGAAGCGAUGUUAGGAUCUUUACCUGUGGACAGCAAGCGCGGACCCGAGAGGCCAGCAGUUAACUGGAGAUAAUCCGUUUCUUGCAUCCAGUCCACCAUAGCGCUCCGGUUGUUCCCUUACGUUGUAGUAUGGGAGGGUCGUGUGUGUGCUACCUCCACAUGCUAAGAGGGCUGAAGAGUGCAGUGCACUUCACCUCCCGCCUAAAUAAACCGGAAGUGAAGUUGGCAGAUAAAUAAAGGUUCUUAGAGAAGAAAGCACAAGACGUAAAACAGAAAGCUGGCUACCCUUGCCGCUUUUCACACCUGCGCAGGUGAUUGGGCAGCUGAGUAUUGAACACUUACCAGGCUGCUUUCAUCCUGGCAAUAUCUUGGUAUGUGUCUGUUAACCGGAAUAGUUUCGUUAGUGUCGUGCUGACUGAUCUUGCACAAGUAAACUAAUGUUCGGCAUAAACGAACAGUUCCAUGUACAUACUGUCAAUGAAAUUAUUUUUUUGCAAUUAAUGAUACAUGUUGUCAACUGUUUUGCAGUAUUGAUGAAUAUACGGUAUCCGUGUCCGAAUAUGACAUUACUUAGUGUACUGACCGCCAUGGCUGCGUACUGUGUUCAGUGUGGAAGACUUGCAGCUGACGGGGAGAAAAGAAUGGCCACAGAAAACUUGUUAGACCGCUCACUCCCUGUAUGAAGGGGGCGGCCUAAGCUUUGCUCAAUGACAACGUGCUUCUUGUAUCUUCACUUGCAUGCAGUUUUAUUAAAGGCAACUAGCACGCAUCA